AUGGUAAAGGUAAAUGUAAAACUGCUAACUGUGUGUACUUUAGUACUUCUAGUCGUAUUGUUUUUCCACUCAAUUGCAACUCUUCAAAGACCUAGUUUACAAAGUUUUCCCGGAUACAAAACUAUAAAUGGCAUCGAAGAUGAGGAGUCUCGUUAUGAAGUAGACACGGAUACGGUCGAUUUUAAAUACGGCGUUAAUAAAGGCAACGCAAGCAACGCAAGCGAAAAGGAAUACCUCAUGAGACGUCUCAAAAAGAACAAUUCCUUUAUAAGCGAACCUCGUUUGGGCAUGGUUGGCGAUCAAAAAGACGAUAGUUCUAGUGACAUGUCAGCUGAGAUUGUUCCAACCGCGCAUUUUAAUCAGCAAGCGACAACUGAUAACCCUGGAGGUGCUUCCAAUAAUUCUGACAGGAAUACCAGUCGUCUCAUCGAUAACACUAAUGCAAACGAGCCAAUGUGCAAACAAAUUAUCAACAUUUGUUACAUUAAAGUUCACAAAAGUUCCAGCUCAACAGUAUCAAAUAUAUUCCAACGCUUUGGCUAUACUCAAAAUCUUACAUUUGUAUUGCCCAAUAAACUUGUCAACAUUGGCUACCCAUCUGGAUUUAAAGGAGGGCUUCCAAAGCCAAAGAGUAGAUCUGAGUUCAAUCUUCUAGUUAACCACGCAGUGUUCCACGAGGAAAAUAUGAGAGACGUAAUGCCAGCGGAUACUGUUUUCGUAGGGUCAUUUAGACACCCGUUCAGUCAUUUACUCUCGUCUUACAACUUUUUCAAUUUGGAGCAACUCAAUGACAUGCCUGACGUGCGCACUUUUCUUUCUGAUCCAGCAACGUAUGAUAAUAGUAGAUCCACUGGUAUGUCUUUUACACGAGGAUAUCAGGCCUGGCAUUAUGGGUACAAUCCUCUCUCGCAUUCCCAGCAAUCGUUAAUUGACCUGAUUGAGCGAUUAGAUAAAACGUUUUCCAUCAUUCUUAUAAGUGAAUACCUCAAUAUGUCUCUUUUACUAAUGAAACGUUUAUUAUGCUGGAACCUUAAGGAUAUAUUAUAUGUUUCAAAAAAGAUAGCUUCCUAUCCAAAUAAGUAUGCAGAUUACAAAGAAAGCGAUGUAAAACGAUAUGAAAAAUGGAACACCAUAGAUUAUAUACUAUAUGACCAUUACAACCAGUCGCUCUGGUCUAAAAUAACGCAACAAGGAAAAAGUUUCUUCGACGAAUUGAAUAAUUAUGAAACAUUAUUACAAAGAAUAUCUGUUGUUUGUAACGAGAGCGUCUAUGAAUUUAGGGAGCCAUCGACACAGACUAUUCUAUAUGAUGUCAAGACGGAUGUUUCUCUAACUAUUGACGAUUGUAUUCUUAUGCUCACAUCUAGCCAGGAUUACGUGAGGGUGCUAAAGAACAAACAAUAUACAAAGUCUGAGAUUUUACGCUAUCACGGGGAACAGAGAGCAAAUGAAAUAUUCAAAUAUAGAAAUAUAUUGCCUGAUUUCAACACAUUGUGA